AUGUCUGCACCGUCAACUAAACCGGACUUAUCUAAUCAAGUACUGCAUUAUGAAACUGAGGCAGAUGAUCAAGCAGAGGAUGAACUCCUGCAACGACAACAAUACCACACUGUUGCUUUUCCCUCGCCUCAAAUUCCAAUCAGAUCGAAAUCAACUUCGAAUUUGCCUGCAUUGUCAAUACUAGACACCAAGCCCAUAUCAGUCGAGGACGCAGAGAUAACGUCUAGCGUAACCACUCCUAUCCAUCCAUUGCAUUCUCAUCACAACCACAAUUUGAUAGAUUUAGGACAAGAAGAGAUCCACAUUGCACACCAUGCAUUGUCUUCAUCUGCUGCUGCUGCUGCUGCUGCUGUUCAUCAUCCACCUCCACGGUCUUUGCAUAGUUUGCCACCGUUGCCCAUACAACACCAACACAGUUAUUCCCCCAUUGGUCGAGUAGUCUUUCGGUACUUGGAACAAUGGAUACUCGGAUUAAUUGAACGACAUAGAAAUGGGCCCUAUUUCUACCCCAUUGCAAUCAGCGUCGGAAUUGUCGUGGCCAUAGUCGUAUUCGUGCUAGUCGUGACGGGAAAUUUACAUGUCUUGGUUAGUAUCUUACGACAUUUGAUUUGUGAGUUGGUCCAACUGGUUAGUCCUUCACCUACAAUCCAGUUCUGUGUGUGA